AUGUUGCAAUUUAGUGGUAUCAUUAAUUUCUUCGCCGUGGCAUGGCAAUGCUUUAUUUAUCUCUUUCAACAUGAUCUCGAGUUGGGUAUUUCCCCCGGUGAACGCUCCUCUAGGGGUUCCAAAUGGUUUAAUCACGCCGUCGUCCCCGUACCAUGCAACUCGCACAACGACUACUGGCGCCAUGUUCCCCUACGCUCGGCACUUCGUGCAGGAUGUACCGGCGUCGAGGUUGACGUCUGGCCAUGGGAAAAUCAGAUCCUAGUCGGCCAUUCACGUUCUACAGUCCUUCGGGGAACACUCCAGAGCCUCUAUCUUGACCCGCUACUGAAGAUGCUCGACAAAUCCAAUGCGCCCCCUUCUCGCAACUGGCCGAAAGUCACAAAUCAGGAAAUGGUCGGGCUAUUUCCCUAUGACCCAAAGCAGACUCUGACCUUGUUGAUUGAUUGCAAACCCGAGGGUGAUCAGACCUGGCCUCUUCUUGUCGAACAGCUGAACCCGUUGCGUGAAAAGGGCUAUCUGACUCACUUCAAUGGCUCUGAUAUUAUCCACGGCCCAAUUACUAUCGUCGUCAGUGGAGACGCGCCUUUUUACCAGAUCUUGGAGAACGCGACCUACCGCGACGUCUUUUACGAUGCACCUCUUGGAAACUUGACCUUCCCUACCGAAAUAACGGCAGAUGACAACAGACAAAUGGAUUCCACUUAUAACCCAUCCAACAGCUAUUAUGCUUCAGCAGACUUCCGAAAGGCUAUUGGGUCUCUCUCUCUUGGUCGUCUGUCGGAUGUUCAGCUCGCUACUCUUCGAAGUCAGAUACAUGCAGCCCAUGAGUUGGGAUUGAAAGUACGGUAUUGGGGAACUCCGACCUGGCCGAUUGGACUGCGUAACCAUGUUUGGCAUACACUAGUGCACGAGGGGGUGGAUGUGCUAAAUACAGAUGAUUUACGUGGCGCAACUAAGCAGGACUGGAAGCCUCGCCACCGAUGGCAGUGGUGGUUAUGA